CUUGAACAUCACAAGUUCAUUUUCCACUCUAAAGUCAUGCAAUCGCGACCUUCUUUACGCACAUCUAAAAUCCAUGCAUUGAUCGUUACGUCGUCAGACUUGUUGACAUGGUCAUUGAUUCUCGGUAAACAAAUUGCAGCACCACUUGGCACCACGCUGUGCCUACUACCAUACUUAACAGCCUUACAUGAACCGAGAAUAGGUCCUUUUUUCCAUCCGAAAACCCCCCUCAUCUGAAUACCCCAUCAUUUGGUACCAUCUCCCUCGUUGCCUCUAUCAUGAGUAACGAGGAUCACAAGUAUGAUGUUAACAGCGUCGAGAAGAACCAACUCGAUGUCGGAGUUCACGCAGUUGCUGACGGGAGGCACCAGUUCGAUGUCGCCUCUAUCGACUUGGUACAGCGUCGACUAAAGCAGCGUCAUGUUCAGAUGAUUGCCAUAGCCGGAACACUCGGUACAGGUCUUUUCCUGGGUUCUGGGAGUGCUCUCAGUGGUGCGGGCCCUCUCGGCGCCCUUAUUGCAUACGCCCUCGUGGGCUCAGUGGCAUAUUCCUCACUGUGUUCCAUCGGUGAAAUGACGUCUCAUGCCCCAAUUUCAGGGACCUUCCCUCAUUUCGCCGCACGAUGGGUCGACCCUGCACUUGGUUUCGCAGUUGGAUGGAACUACUUUUAUACUAACGUGAUAACCGUGCCGGUGGAAAUCACGGGUGCUCAGAUUCUUAUCACUUAUUGGGAUUCCAAUACGAAUCACGCUGGUAUUUACACCGCAAUUAUCAUUGUGUUUGCUUGUGCAACGAACAUUUUUGGUGUACGGUAUUUUGGCGAAGCGGAAUUCGUGUUCUCACUCAUAAAACUCUCGAUGAUCACUGGUCUCAUUCUUGUUGGUCUGAUCAUUGAUCUUGGUGGUUCACCAGAUCACCACCGGUUGGGUUUCCAGUAUUGGAAAAAUCCCGGUAUUCUCGCAGGUGCUGGGCUAGAACCAAACCAUGUUGGCUUGGACCGCUUCUUGGGCAUUCUGGGCGUCAUUGUUCAAGCAUCAUUCUCAUUCCAAGGCAUGGAACUCGUCGCAAUCGCCGCUUCCGAGACCGAAAAUCCCCGCCGGAAUAUCGCGAAAGCCGUCCGCCGGGUAUUCUACCGUAUCUUAGUUUUCUAUAUCCUUGGUAUCUUCAUCACCGGCCUUAUCGUUCCUUACAAUGAUCCUAACUUGCUCCAAUCCACGGGUACUGCUGCUCAGUCUCCCUAUGUCAUUGCCAUGACAAAUGCUGGGAUUAAAGUCUUACCAAGCAUCAUCAAUGCCGGAGUCAUGACGAGUGCAUUCAGUGCUGCAAACUCGUUCCUCUUCUGUUCAUCUCGUAUUCUCUACGGUCUUGCUCUCCGAGGACAAGCACCUAAGAUUUUCGCAAGGUGCACGAACGCUGGACUUCCCCUUAUCGCUGUUGGGUUUUCUAGCAUGUUUGCAUUCCUCGCCCUCAUGAACAUCAAGUCAGGUGGCGCAACAGUGUUCAACUGGUUCGUCAACCUCUCAACUGUAGGCGGCUUCUUCGGUUGGGGAUCUAUCAACUUGACCUACAUUUUCUUCCACCGCGGAAUGAAGUACCAAGGCAUUGACCGCACAAAGCUCUACUACUGGAACCGCCUCCAACCAGGGCUUGCGAUCUGGGGAUUGGGAUGGUGCAUCUUCUUCAUCCUCAUCAACGGCUUCAAAGUCUUCUGGUCUUUCAACGCCUCCGGCUUCCUCACUGCCUAUAUCAACAUCCCACUGUUCUUCGCUCUUUACUUUGGCUAUAAGUUUGUAAAAAAGACCGAGGUCUGGAAACCAGAAGAGAUGGACUUUGUUACGGGUAUUCCAACUCCAGAGGAGACAGAGGGGCCAUACUACCCGCCAGAAGGUUUCUGGCAAAAGCUUGCUGCCAUUUUAUUCUAGGUUGUAGUUUGGUUGUUUGUUGUACGGAUUUAGUCCGGCUCUGGUUUGAACAGAGCUGUAAUUCCUCUCUUUUUCAUUUUUCAUGUUUAGCGAUGGAUGGCUUUACGUGGCCGUUCGUCUAUGUUGUGUUGGAUACCUGUAAUGGUUUAUUGAAGACGAAACGAAUGUUUAUUCUGCAGUGAAGCAUUGAAAUAAAUAAUGUCGCGGCACCUAGGGGUUGAUAUUUACAAAAAAGGAAAGAUCAAAAGAUGAACGUUAU